CAUUAGCAUCUAGCCAGGAACUGACUCAACUGACAGCUUGUGUGAGUUAACGCCAACUGGAAUACCUCAGAGGACUUUUUUACCUCGUGUCUCUUCAUUGGAUUAUUUAGACCCGACCCACAUUUAGGUGUAGGAGUGUUUGUGGGGGAGAGAGCCACGUGUACAGGAACUGUUUCUGACAGCUGACUGGAAAUUGCAGGUAACUAUGGCUGUCUGGAGGAAACUGUGGUGCAGGAACCUGCUGUCGGUGUCCCUGCUGCUCUGCGUCCUGCUACUCACCGUAGACGUUAACGCACGGCCUGCCAACAUGUCGGCGGUUAAAGAAAAGUCUCCGGCAGGCAAGGACGACAACGAGAUUCUCCCCCCGGACCACCUGAACGGGGUGAAGAUGGAGAUGGACGGCCACCUCAACAAGGACUUCCACCAGGAGGUUUUCCUGGGGAAAGAGAUCGAGGAAUUUGAGGAGGACUCGGAGCCGAGGAGGAACAGGAAGAAGCUGAUUGAGAUUUUCACAAAAGUUGAUUCCAACAAGGACAAGAGCGUUAGUGCCAAAGAGAUGCAGCGGUGGAUCAUGGAGAAGACGGAGGAGCACUUCCAGGAGGCCAUGGUGGAGAACAAGAACAGUUUCCGUGGUGUGGACCCCGAUGCUAACGGUCAAGUGACAUGGGACGAGUACAGAGUCAAAUUCCUGGCCAGCAAAGGUUUCAACGAGAAGGAAAUUGCUGAGAAAGUGAAGAAUAAUGAAGAUCUGAAACUGGAUGAGGAAACUCAGGAGGUUUUGGAGAGCCUGAAGGACCGCUGGUUCCAGGCCGACAACAGCCCCAACGACCAGCUGCUGAACGAGCAGGAGUUCCUGUCCUUCCUGCACCCCGAGCACAGCAAGGGCAUGCUGAAGUACAUGGUCAAGGAGAUUGUGCGCGACCUAGACCAGGACGGAGAUAAGAAGCUGACGCUCUCAGAGUUCAUCUCGCUGCCUGUGGGCACCGUGGAGAACCAGCAGGCGCAGGACAUCGAUGACGACUGGGUGCGGGAGAGGAAGAAGGAGUUCGAGGACGUCAUCGACUCAGACCGGGACAGCAUCGUAACCAUGGCCGAACUGGAGGAGUACAUGGACCCGAUGAACGAGCACAACGCUCUGAACGAGGCCAAGCAGAUGAUUGCCGUCGCAGACGAAAACCAGAAUCACAAUUUGGAGCUGGACGAGAUUCUCAAGUACAGCGAAUACUUCACGGGCAGCAAGCUCAUGGAUUACGCCAGAAAUGUCCACGAGGAGUUUUAGAGACAGUGAAUCCCCUCUCUAACGGCUUCAGAGACACGCCAGAUGGGGCAGAAGUAGCAAACUAAUCAUGGGACGCUUUAGUGUGCAGCCCCUUUUAGAUCCAAUAGAGUGGUGCAGGGAUGAUGGAUUGUUUUAGGCUGACCUGUGAGUUUUUUCCCUUGGAUUUAGGAAUAUUGCCUAAAAUAAGAUCUUUGGCAAACACACGUUAAUGAUACUUACAAGUUUUCUUCAGCAGGAUAAUCUCCACAUAUUUACACCACUUUGAUGAUUUGUUUUUUGUAAGCGUAAAUGCAAUCGCUGGAAGUAAAACGCUAACAUUAGGAUAUAAACAAACUACAUCUCAUGACUGCAUAUUAGCACCGCUAAGCUAACCGUCGCUAAUGUGCGGCGUGAUAACGUUAAGUAGUUGUUUUAAUCACUUUCUAGCACAUUUUUCUGACAUAGCGGUUCCGAAUUUGGCUAUUUAUUUGAUGUAUUGGAGCAAAACCUGAACAUCUCAUGCUUUUUUUUUUAACCACGAACCUUAUUUCUAACUAAAAGCAUGUUAAAAAAAACGUUGAGUCAGAGACGAGGGAACCAGAAGGGGUCAAAUAAAUUAAACUAAUAACCUAGAACUCAUUCCUGUACCACUCUAUGAAAACAUCCAUCCAUCAGCCCUGGACUGCCAGCCAAUAAAGUUAAUAUGGUUUGUGAGACUUUUUUCUUUUAAAUGUUAGGCCCUAAAUCUAACUGUAUUUGUGUGAAAUGUGUGUAUAUGAGAGAUUGUAACCCCUAAUAGACGCUUCCGUUCCUGAUGCAGUGGGGAGACUUGUUUAUUCUGCAGGAUAUGCCUCCUCCAUUUUUUUAUCUGGCGAGUCUGUGCACAGUGUAAAUAUUUAAUUGUAGCAACGCCUCUGUCGCAGAGAGAAGCUGAGUAAAUAUAUUAUUAAUGCUGCUAAAGGACACACAUUAUAGAGAUGCUAUGAAAAACAAACAGUUUAUUGUUGACGUGCAGAUUUAAUCCCCAAAAAAUAAAAGGUUAAAGAUUUUUUUUUUUUUACAACUCUGCUAGUUUUCAUUGUAGAUAAUAUCCGUCCUACUUAUAAACAGGGUACAAGUACAGAUGUAUAGCUUUUAAAAGUUAUAAAAGCCUCAAUGAUGUACAGUGAUCCUGCUCAGCACAUGUUUUCAUCAACAGUUUGCGUUCAGAGUAAUAUAUGAGAGUAGUGUGCCUUUUUCCCAGCAGACAUUUUGACCUAUUGCAGUGUGUGAAAGUUCAAAAGGUCCCCUGUGUGUAAAGGCCUAUUGUUUUGUUCUUUAUUAAAAAGCUUAAUUCAUGCUUGUGUUAAGAUGUAGAUAAAGAGGAAUGUAUUUAUUUGGAGAGCUACAUCUUUGAGUAUCACAAGUGUUUUGUUGGUUUACAAAGAACGGGUGCUCCUUCUUCAUCAUAUUUGAUCUGUUGACUAAAAUGUGAAAUCUUUUGGUUCAUUCACUUUUUGUUUCAAAUGCAUGGACAAUGUUUUCACAUGUCUAAUAAAUUCAGCUCGGAUCACACUGUCCUCGGCCCUGUUUGGAUUGUAAAAUAAGAUUUAUGAAAACAGAAUGUGACACAGCUUUAUAAAAAAUGUAUUGCAAUUACUGGGAAACAAUAAAUAUUUCUUAUUAAUUAAA